CCUACACGUUAAAUAUUGAGUUUGAUUGCCAAUAUAGUAAUAUGUUAAAAUGUUGCCUUGUUAAUAGUUUAGCAACGAUGACAAAUUGAUCAUGUACAAAGAUGCCAGAUGCAAGUGUUAAGAUGCUGGAAUGAUAUUCAUGGGUUGAUUCCUAGUUGCUACACAUUAAUUUUCUCCGGUGGAAGGUAAUCCUGGAAUGCUAAUUGCAGUGCAACCAGUCAUUUGUAAUUUAUCUUGAUUAGUGGAAAAUUUUCAUACAUUCGGGUAGGUCAUCUUUAUAAUUAAUCGGGUUGAAGAACUGAAUAUUUGAAUUAAAAUGUGAAAUCGUAGUUUGGCCAAGUUUGGUGGGUGAAAAUAUAUGAGAUGAGAUAUUUGUAGGUUUGAAGUCUGAGAGAAUGUGCUUUUGGCAAUGAAGUUCCGACGGAUCAAGAGAACUAGAAGAUAUCUGACAAGACUUUGAUGGGUUGAGGAUUUGAUAUUUGAUAAGAAGUAUCAGAGAUGGAGCAUUUUAACAGAUGAAGUCCCAACUCGUUAAGAAAGCAUCAUAUGCUUAACAAAAAGUGUAGAUGGUGGAGUUUCUUUACGAUGAGUUCUACAACAAUUAAAUGCCACAUAUAAUAACUUUUCUAUAUUUUAAGUUUUGAAUAUAGGGAGUAUUCAAGAUUUUGAAAACCCUACCAUAGCUUGCAUCACUAUUGACUUCUUAAAUAAUCAUUACUAUUGACCACUUACUAGAUAUGAGUUAAAAAUGAAAAUCAAGACCAUUAAUGUAGUUCUAAGACCCAAACAUUAUUUGUUUAAACAAUUUAGGUUCAAUAAAUACAUUGGUGCCUUUUUUUUCUAGGUAUAUAAGAUGAAAAAUAAAAAUUAUUAACUAUUUAGCCGAUUAUACAAGAACAAGAAAAUUAAGAAAAAAAUCACAUGUAUAACACAAGAUAAAUCUAUAAUUUCCGUAGAAUAAUCUAAAGAAUAUUAAUUGAUAAAACAAUAGAAUAAGUAACAAUUUUACUCUGAAAAUGUAUUUUGUGAGAUCAUACCCGGUUCGGUUCGGUUCAUGGAAGACCACGAACAAGAUCCGCCCGUGUUUUUCUCGCCUCCCUCUGCUUCUCUCCUCUUCUCUCGGCCGAUGGAACCACAAUCUCCGCGAUCUGCGAUCUCCCCGACCGCCAGCGACAAGGGCAAGGAGAGGAAGAAGAAGAAGAAUGAGCUCGACGGAUGCCCAAGAAUCCACAGGGUGGGAGGAGCUCCGCAAGGAAGCCAGGAAGAUUGAGGGUGACCUGGACGUCAAACUCUCCUCCUACGCCAAGCUCGCUUCCAUAUUCACCCACUCUUCCGGUAAUGGAGACAAUGGAUCACCCACUAUAGGAUCUAACAGAUCAUGGAAGUCCAUGGAGAUGGAAAUUGGAUCCUUACUAGAGAAGUUAUUGGAUGUCAAUGAUGCCAUGAGUCGAUGUGCUGCAUCAACAGCGGCCACAACUUCGAUAAAUCAAAAACUUGCAAGACAUAGAGACAUACUUCAUGAAUUCACACAGGAAUUUAGAAGAACCAAAGGGAACUUGAACUCUAUGAGGGAGCAUGCUGAGCUCCUUAACUCUGUCAGAGAUGAUAUCACCGAAUCCAAGGGAUCAGGUGGAAUGUCGCCUAGGGUAAGUUUGCUGAGGGAGAGAGCAGCAAUUCACGGAAACAUCAGUGAUAUUGAGGAGUUGAUAAGUCAAGCACAAGCAACAAGAUCAGUUUUGGGGUCUCAAGGAGCUUUAUAUUUUGAUGUCCAGGGAAAAGUGAAGCAGCUCGGUGAUAAAUUUCCUGUUAUUCGUGGCGUACUUGGUGCCAUCAGGAGGAAGCGAUCGAAGGAUUCUCUAAUCCUUUCCGCAGUCAUUGCAGUCUGCAUAGUGUUCAUAAUUAUUUACUGGCUUUCGAAGUGAUCAUUGGCAAAUUGGUUUUACACCCGAUGGGCUAUCAAAAGUAUGCAUUUGAUGAAUCAUCCGCACUCCAUCCAUUUCUCAGAUAUCAUGUAAGUUUUGUUUAUAGAGCAUGAUCGUGAUCGCUCUCAUAGGCAGUCCAUUCCCUUAUUUUACUUGAGUGGAGUAACUUAAGACCAGUGGAAAGGAUGAAGGAAUACCACGGCUGCCAUGACCGUGACCAUUCUUUUUGUCUUCUGCACUUUUUCCACCAGGUAAACAACAGCCCAGAAGAAUUAUCUUCAUCUCCUCUUCUAGCUCCUCCUCUAUCUCCAUCUAAAUUUUUACAUCUUUCAUAUUUCUUGCUGUCCUAUUCCUUUUACUAUAUAUUCUUACAAACUUUCUAUCUUUAAAGUUUCUAGAGUUUUCACUGUU